AUCAUCGGAGAUGGGGAGCAAUCAGUCAGUUCUAAAAGACAAAGGCUACACAAUAGUGAGUGAAGAAGAGAAUAAAUCACUGGUGAAAAAUAAAGGUGGUGAUCAGUUUGUCAUUAAACAGCUGAACGCUGACCAGGAUGAUGUAUCUAAUUUUCUUGAAAAGCUCAAACAUCCACACAUAGUUGAACAUAAGGAAACCAUCAAAGAUCGUCACUGUCUGUAUCUUGUAAUGGAGCUCUGUGAGGGUGGAGAUCUAACUCACAAAAUCUAUCCUGAAAAUAAAGGAACUGUUGCAUUUUCUGAGAGGGAGUACAGUAUGGCAGAGUAUCUGUACACAGUGUCAGAUCAGAAACUGAGAAGCACGCUGACCAGAUACAGACUCAGCGGACACAAGCUGAUGAUAGAGACGGGCAGACACAUGGCUGCCAGCGGAGCAGAGACUGUGUUCACACUGUGA